AUGGAACUGCACAGAAUUGGCACUAAUGGUUCCUGCCACAGCUCAUGUGGGCCACUGAUGGACUACUCCAUCCCCGAUUACAUACUGAAGCCGGACUCUGAACAAGUCACUGUUGAUAGUGCGCCAUGUUGCCCUGUUGUAGUCUUCAUCAACUCUAGAAGUGGUGGCCAACUGGGAAGCAGUCUGAUCAAAACAUACCGAGAACUUCUCAAUGAAGUGCACGUUUUUGAUCUCUCAGAAGAGGAGGCUCUUGAUAAGGUUCUACUCAGAUUAUACUGCAACUUUGAAAAGCUCAAGUCCUACAUCAAGUCUAAAGCAGCGCUGAAAAUAAUGGAGUACCUCAACUUGCCCUUCCCACAAGUCACCAUCUUCCUCAGGAUUGGUGCCAACCGCGCCACUUCUUGCUUUCUUGCAAUGGGGAGGGAGGACCCACUUCAUCCUGGCUGUUGUCCAGCAAAUUCCCGAGGUUCAGAGCAGUCCAUCUAUGUUCAUAACAUUUAUAGCUUGGAGCAUAUCUGA